UUUGGGCAGAUUAUUUUUACUAAUGUCUCAUUCUAAAGUGGGUGAAAAUGAGACUGUUGAAGAUUUAAGGAAUGAGGAUGAUAGAAAUGAAGAUACUGCUGAAAAUGUUUAUGACAAUUCUUCUAGAAAAAGAUCUUGGGUAUGGAAUCACUUUAUCGAGGAAAAAAAUUCUGAAGGGUCAAUAGCUAAGUGCAAAUAUUGUAAAAAAAUUUUAAGUGGGAGCACUAAAGGAGGAACGAGUCAUCUAAAACGCCAUCUUGAAAAUGUUUGCAAGAAGUAUCAAAAGAAUCCGACUAAUCAGUUGCUCUUACUACCAAGUUCAAAAGAUCCGAUAAAGGCUUUCAAAUUCAAUCAAGAAAAGAGUAGAAAAAUUCUUGCAAAAUUUAUCAUAUGUGCUGAGCUUCCAUUUCGUAUUUUUGAGCACACUGUUUUUCUAGAUUUUAUGAGAUCUCUUCAGCCAUUAUUCAAAAUUAUGGGUCGUAAGACUGUAAAACAUGAUUGUAUGGCUUUGUAUCAAAAAGAGAGAAAAAAAUUGCAUGAUAUAUUCAAGAACCUAAGUUCUCGGGUUAGUUUCACUACUGAUAUUUGGACAUCUAAUCAGAAAAUUGGUUACAUUUCUUUCACAGCACAUUACAUUGAUUCUGAUUUUACUCUGCAUAAGAAGAUUAUUAGUUUCAAGAAACUCCCAUACCCUCACACCAGCUUUGCAAUUGAAGAUGCUGUAAAAAAAUGUCUUGUUGAAUGGGAAUUGGAUUGUAAAAUAUGUGCUAUUACUUUGGAUAAUUGCAGCACAAAUGAUGGUGUAAUGAGAAGGCUCCGAGAUCACUUUUGUUAUUCAAUGUUGUUUAGUGGGGAGUACAGUCAUAUUAGAUGCUGUGCACAUAUAUUUAAUAUUAUGGUUCAGGAUGGAAUGAAAAUCAUUCAUAAAGCUAUUGAAUGUAUAAGAGAAAUUGUUAGAUAUGUCUCUGCAUCCCCAUCUCGAAUGCAAGCAUUUAAUGAAAUUCUACAGCAUAUGAGACUUCCUGCUAGAAAAGGACUCACUUUGGAUGUUCCUACAAGAUGGAAUUCUACUUAUGAAAUGUUGCAUGAUGCACUUGGUUAUAAAGAUGCUCUUAUUAGAUAUGCAACUGAGCAUUCAUGUGUAUGCCCCACCAAUGAUGAAUGA